GUACUUAUGAGGGUGUUGGUGGACUGUCCAUAUCCAGCUUGAACGUAACGCAGUGACAUGAGCAGCGUAUUUGUCGCUUUCAAUGGUGUCGUACUUGCUCGGGGAAGUGACGAUUUAGAACUCCGAUCACACACGUUAAAAGUAAUGUGCAAACAGGUAUAAACUUCACUGAGGACUUUUGUAAGACUGGACCAAGUCGUUAACGUUAAGUCAAAGAUAAACCACGCGAAGAGAACACUUCUUCUAUGGCGGCCAUGUCGAGAGUUUCGGACACUACUGUCGAGACGAAAGGUGACGAAGAAGACGGAGGUGACAAGUCCAAGAACAAGAAGGCCAACCAAAGCAAAGCAAACAGAUCAUAUGCUGAACUCCACCUUGCGGGAGACGCUGCAUUGCAGAGUGGGGAUCUGGACUUGGCAGAACAACUCUUUGCGUUUGCGCUUAAAGAGAUUCACGACCGGCAGUCGCCUCGGCUUCAGGAGGAGGAAGAGUGUCUGCGCCAGCUCGGAACCGUGUACAUCAGACAAGGAGUACAGACAAAGGACGGACAGGACUUCGCUAAAGCUACAGCCCUCUACAUCGCCGCACUAGCCAGAAGAGGCGACAAGCAUCUUCUCAUCGAUUCCAUGAAGGAAGCCGAGCGGCUGUUUCUGUACCACACCGUGGGAAUCAACUGUAAACUACCACCUUACGAGACCGACCUAGAACACAAGGAUCGGUUGAAAAAGCAAAGGGCUGAGGUCAAGACCCGUCUAGAAACAAUCCACAACGACCACAACCCGUACCAGUAUGAUGAAAACGAUCCUUUAGUCAAGGAAGUCGAAAUGAAGCGAGCAGAAUCUGUCAGGGAAUUGUUUAAGUACAUAUCAGAACGAAGAAAGGACUUCAUCAAAGAUCUUGUUGAAGAGUGUAUCGAGACAAUUGGACCGCCGCCAUGUAAGUACGCUCUGGUGGGUUUGGGGUCGCAGGCUACAGAACUGGUCACUCCGUACUCUGAUCUGGAGUUCGCCAUCCUUAUGGAGGAAAACGAAGACACCCUGGAGAACAAAGAAUAUUUCCACAACCUCACCUGUUACCUGUACUUGAAAAUCAUCAACUUGGGAGAGACCAUCCUGCCAGCAGUGGCGAUACAAUCUCUCAACGACUUCCACUCAGAAGACCCGGCAGAUAGCUGGUUCUACGAUUCUGUCACUCCUCGCGGCUUUGCGUUUGAUGGAGCCAUGCCAUGGGCGAGCAAAACGCCAUUCGGAAGAGAAAGGACAAAGACGAAGCCCGCAGUCAGCCUGAUACAAACGCCCUCAGGUAUGGCUGACUUUCAGCGACAAGACGUCGCCCUCGCUCAUGGUUACCACUUGUCCGACAUACUAAGGUACGUCUCCUAUCUGACCGGAGAUCAGGCACUGGUGGAUGACUACAUCUCACGGGUUAUUCAAGAGUUAUGGACUUUUGACGAGCAGAGAAACACAACAGUUGCUUUUAGCUUUGCACGAGCUUCUCUGACCCGUACCAUGCGAGAGCACCAACAGCAUCAGCGACUUGCCGACAUGCUUCUAGACGUCAAGAAAGAGAUGUAUCGUUUCCCAACUGUUGCAAUUGUGAAUCUGAGUCUUCUCAGGGGCGUGUAUGCGACAAGCGUCUGGGACGCCAUUAAGGAAAUGGAACGGGAAGGUGUCGUCUCCAAAGAACACGCCCAUCAUCUUCAGGUGCUGAUGAGUAUCUCAGGUGAGCUGAGACUACGGACGUACUUAGAGCUCGGGGCCCAGAGGGAAAACUUGUCUGGUCUGUUGGCAAUUGGAAAAACAGCGUGACGACGAUGACAAACACUUUUCAAGACUGU